CACAUCGAAAAUGUCUGUUGCUAAUCCGCCGCUGGGGCAAGAUGAUAAGACACACCGGCCACAGCUCGGACACGGAUAGGAACACCUUUCGCCCAUCACACACGGUUUGGUUGCAUUUCCGAUUGGGUGUUUUGCUGCUGGUGUCUUCUGAGUUGGAACUUUCGUUGAGAUAGCUUAUUAGAGAUGAAUCGAUUGGCGGUGCUGAGCGUCCUUCUGGUGGCACUUGUGGGAUCAACGGUGACCAUCAGCGUCCCCAGCAGGUCUAUUCGUAAGAUCGAUUGGAGCUUGGUUAGACCUAUUGAUGAGUUUGCCCAUGUGCGGCAAAUUAUCCAAAGCUUGAAAGGAGAUGCCCAGUCUGCCAUGAAUCAACGGAUUGUCGGUGGCGAUAUUGCAUCAGCAGGACAGAUUCCGUAUCAGGUGGCCAUCUUGGCUGACAUUGAAGACGGAUGGGGACUUUGUGGAGGAGCCUUGAUCUCGACAAAUUACGUGCUAACCGCCGCGGUAUGUGCCAAUGGAGCCAGUGAGGGAACUGUUAUUUUAGGGGCGCAGAAUUUGCAAAACGAAAACGAAGCUGGCCAAGUGCGAAUGGAUUUCUCCAGCUCGGAUGUCUCCAUCCACGAAGAAUACGUUGAGUUCAUCUUCAGGAACAAUAUCGCCGUGAUCAGACUACCGCAAUCUGUAUCGGUGACGGAGAGGAUCCGGCUGGCAGUGUUGCCAGCUGUUACCGAUUCGCGGACGUUCUCAGGAAUGCAGGGCACCGUCAGUGGAUUCGGUCGUACCUCGGAUGCCAGCACUUCGUUCUCCGAUGUCCUGCGUUACGUGUCGAAUCCAAUCCUGACGAAUGCCGAUUGUAGUGCUGGCUGGUAUGGAGAUCUGGUUGACGGACAGAAAAUGUGUUUGGCUUAUACCAAUGCACGUGGGCCUUGUAUCGGAGAUGUCGGAGGACCCCUGACAGUACAGGAUGCCGGCCAAAGUCUGCUCGUUGGACUGUUUUCAUUCGGGUACGCUGCUGGAUGUGAGUCCCAGUGGCCGGCGGUUUUCGUUCGAGUCACUUUUUACCUCAACUGGAUAGCUUCGCACACCGAUGCCGUUAUCGGAUCGAACUGACCUAAUCGGUGUGUUGUAAAGUUGGCUGGAUACUGCAGAACCAUAAAAGUCAACUGAUGCCAGUCAUGUCACGGUGGACUGAAAAACUGCGGGCUACCGGUAUUGAGUUAGCGGUGUGUAUCGAUAAGAUAAAUAUAUUAAUUUUCGGAAGGUAGCAGCUAAGCAUGCAAUAAA